AUGCAGAGAAGUGAAGGUCUUGUUCAAAGGAGAAACGUGAUAAAGGAAAAUGCUCUCUCUCCUGAAGCUGGCGACGAUCAGGACGUUGUUUCAGAUGAACGAGAUGACGGUGAUUCGAAGGAAACACGUCUGACGCUGAUGGAAGAAGUCUUGCUUUUGGGUUUGAAGGAUAAAGAGGGAUAUACGUCUUUCUGGAACGACUGUAUUUCAUCGGGACUUCGUGGCUGCAUCUUGAUCGAGCUCAGCCUUCGCGGAAGAAUUGAACUUGAAAAGGCAGGGCUGCGCCGUCGAAGUCUUCUGAACAGAAAAAUCAUAGUCAAGAAUGAAGCUCUCACUGGGGACGUUCUCCUUGACGAGGCCUUGAAACACAUGAAAGACACAUCCCCUCCAGAAACGAUUCAAACUUGGAUUGAGUACUUGAGCGGUGAAACUUGGAAUCCGUUGAAGCUUCGAUUCCAAUUGAGAAAUGUUCGUGAACGGCUUGCGAAAAAUUUGGUGGAAAAGGGUGUCUGCUCUACGGAGAAGCAGAAUUUCCUGCUGUUCGAUAUGACCACUCAUCCGCUCCAGGAUAAUAGCAUGAAGACGCGUCUGGUAAAGAAGGUGCAAGAGUCCGUACUGAGCAAGUGGAUCAAUGACCCCCAUCGUAUGGAUCGGCGUUUACUGAGCCUGAUUUUUCUUGCUCAUGCGAGCGACGUUUUGGAAAAUGCUUUCGCUCCUUUAAACGAUGACGACUACGAAGUCGCGAUGAAACGCGUCAGGGAACUUGUGGACGCUGACCCAGAUGUCGAAGCUGCGAAGCCGGGCACAAAUGAAUUGAUGUGGGGAGUCUUUGCUGCGUUUUUGAAAUGAAAACGGAUGUCAGCUCCUUGGCGUACCUAUAUCCUUUUGUAUGCACAAGAGGGAGGUGCGCUUAAAAAACCAUCAAGUAACCAUGAAAACUAGCGUCUCGAUUAAGAACAACUUUUCUCUCGAUCCGUCUUGCUUCGAUUUUAUUUUUUAUUUUGAAAAUUUCCCUUCAAUUUCGCAUCGAUUGCAAAACUUCGAUUUUGCAGCAAUUUCAACUUGAUCGAGGAUACCAUAGUUCGAAUUUUUUUCCAUACUUUGCUAUGCUCUUGUACAUGAUCGCUGGCUCCAACUCUUGAAGGAAAAGUAGAACGUUGACCAAAAAUUAUUUUAAUACUGUAUGCUACCGAAAGCUAGAUAAGGAGCGCAAGUGAUGUGUUUUCUGUGAACUAUGUGUAUCUGCGUCAUUAGAUGUCGUACAGUACAUCAGUUUGUGGUUAUGACGUGUUUCCAAAUCUUCCGAAGUUUCUGACUUUCCCGUUUUACAUGCCUUAAUGAGGGCUCUUAAGCUCGCGAAAGGAAUAGUUGGAAUAAUGAUUGGAUUUUUGCGCCGUACACAAAGAUCGGUUGAGGUUAUACUGAACGUGUGAAUUGUUAUUUUGAGGUUCACGUGUGCACGUGUGAUGUGCUUCGCGUGCUGGCAGCACUCGUUAUUCUGGAAUACAGUACAUUUACGUUGAAUAUUCGAGUUUCGUUGUACAGCGCGCAAAUUUUAUUGUAUUAUUUUGCCUAGUGACUGCAUCUGUGAGUGCUCAGGGUGCAACAUUCCAGUUCCACGAUAUGCGCGAUGAAUUAAUCAAUUUCUUUUAUGGUUAUGCCUAUUCAAGUCCGAGGAUGCUUUCACGGCUCUGAAGUUUUGUCGCUCUCGCAAUUUUUUUUUUUGAAAGUUCUCUCGACGUCGGUUGUAGGUUUGAAAUGAAGAUUAUGAAUUGCACGUAUCA